AGGAUUGUGAAAUAUGACAUUUACUAGUAACUUGUUUGUCGUGAGAUGGAUUUUAAGAAUGUAGGAAUUUUUGUUUUAUACUUCCCGCUUUGUGUUAAGGUACGCGAGAUUUUAUGAUUACAUGUAUUUAAAUGAGGACGACGAUUUCCCAGACAGACAGAUAUCGUUGUAAAUACAGUGUAAUUAUAAAGAUUCUCAUGAAUAUACAGAAGAUAAAAGGAAAUAAAAGAAAAUCUGGAUAAUAUUUCACUAACUGACAAAUUUAUUCAUGAUGUAAGCGAGUUUCGGACGAAGAACUUGUUCCGACAGUGAAUAAGGAGAAGAAAAAAAACAUACAUCAACAGUACAACUUAACUUAAUAUUUGGAGAAAAUCGAGGGGAAAAACAGACUUUACACCUUUUGCAGAAUAAAGACGGCCAAUAACUUUACAGCUUCGUGAAAAACAAAGUGUAAUGUGUUACAAAUAAAUACUCUUAAGUGUCAACAGAUUUGGUUAAGAAAACCGCUGGCGUGUGAAAAAAAAUGGUGUGAAUAGCUACAAAGCGAAAGAACAUCGUUGUAUCUAGCCAUCACCCAAGAAGGACAAGAUUUUUAUCUUAAGGGGUUAAAAUUGACACAAAAACUGUCCUGAAAAGUUGUUCAAAAACCGCAGAGAAAAUCACUAUAACUGAUCUAAAUUGUAUCAUUUAAGAAUAACAUUUUCUCGAUCCCAGAACCAGAUUUGAAAACGGGCGAAGAUAUUCUUUUGUUCACCUUCACUCCGCCCAUUUGCCGACAUUGUGAAUUUUAAUUUACAAUUUCAAUUGAGCGCUCUGUGUACGCGAGACGCUCGAUGUUUAAAUGAGCUUAAAAGGUGUUUAAAUUGACUCUCUUUUGUUGGCGUUAAUUUCGGGCUUCACAUCUGUGCACUUUUUGGUGAAAGAAAAGUUAAAGCUCGGACGCUGGUUAGGCUGUUUCUAAUUUCACGGAGUCUGAAUUUGUGUAACCUUUCCUGAGGUAAAGGCCUGUCUUUUUGCUGUUCGGCUGCUGCAUUUGAUUUAAUCCAGAACGGGCGCAAGUCUGGUGUUAAUCAAACAAUAUCAAAAUUUAGUUUACUUUCUUGCAGAAAUUGAUACAUUAUCCGCACAGUGUGAAAGAUUAGUACCUAACUAAUUAGCGGCGACAUCAAAGGAGCGGGAAGAUUAAUCAAGGAUAAUUAGUACGUUCAGAUCAAAGGGCGUCGAGAUAAACAUAUAAAAAUAGGUAGGAGACGGCGAAACAUUUUCAUACAUGUAGGAGUGAAACAGUUAAUCAUUUGGACAAAAAAUCGGCUUAAAAACAAAAUCGGAUUAUCUACUUUCGAUUUCUAAUAAAAGUGAACAAGCUUAGUGACCGGUAGCUUAUUUAUCUUUAUAUAUUAAGAUCGGAUUGGCAAAGUGCGUAAAUAUGAAAUUCUAAACUAAGAUUGGAAUUAAAAAUUUGACGAAUAAAUAUAUUAAACUUCUUUGGAAUGAAUACCAACUUGCAAUAACUUUAAACUAGGACACGCUCAUUUUUUAUUUUUUUAGAAUGAAAACAGAAAAAUUACCCGGUGACAGUAAUAUAUAAUAUAUUGACUUUCAAUCAAACCGCAGUGACUUACUGACAGUGAUGGAAUAUUAACAAAUCGUAAAAAACAGUGUGAUGAUAAAAUAAUAAAAAAUAUAUGACAGAAUCAGUGUCGUGGAACGCUCUUUACAUUUUAUUGAUAAACCAUCUACCCGGAUUUUAAAGCGACGUGCGGGAAUUCUAAUUAAGACAAGUUGGCAUUAAAAUAAACUGUUAAAAACAAGUGGCAAGUUUGAUUUGAUGGGAAAUCAGCUAGUGACUCUGGAACAUACUGUAUAUAAAGUGGGAACGGAUAUUUCUCGAAAUCAAAAACAAAAUUUGUCAGUUGUUUAAUCAGACGACAGUGGAGAGAGGUUUUGUGUAUAGAAAGAUCUGUAUAGCAUCUUGUUCACGGUGGAUGCACCUUAAUGACAUUGGGUCUAUCUCUUGUAUAACUUGAUACAAAAAAUAUUUACGGCCGCAAUAUUGGAUUACUUCGCUGAUAUUAUGCGAAAAACUUUAGAUCGUUUGAUAGUAUAGUGACUGCGGUUAAAGCGGAGUUAAAAAGAUACUUUUUGUGAACGGUGUUACACGUUUUGGAUGUGAAAAGAUCACGUUAAAUUCUAAUGGACAUUUGUGUGAAGUCAUCUGGUAUUUAACGUGAUUCUUUUGUUUUAUUUGGAAUACGGAAUGUAGGGAGCUUUUUUGAUGAAACGAUAAAUCCGUAUCUUUUUUGGUGAAGAUUUAUCUGAUUCAUUGACUCCUGUUUUAACGAAAUAACGAGGAAUUAACAGUAAAUGUAGGACUUUUGAAACAGCUAGUUCACCAUUUAAAUAAAACUCGAUAUAUAUAAAGGGAUAUCUAUUGACAAGAGGAAAAAGGAUUUUUAUGAUAUAUUAUAGUCGUUAAAGGAAUUUUUAAACAUAGUUAAUACUCGGACAUAUCUUUGUAUCCAAUAUCAAAUGCCAUUAGUCGCCACGGAGCGUCAUUACGGGUAGUUUAGCUAUAUCAGAAAAAGCCUGUUUUUACAUUUAGUAAAAUAAACAUACGGAAUUAUCAAAGGAAGAUUCGCUUAAAUCCUAAUUUAUUUGGACAAGAGAUCAUCCUCAUGUGACACCUUAAUCCUAGGUUAUACUCGGGAACUACUUUCUUCGCGGAGGUACAACCGCCGAUGAACCGGGUAAUGGACUAACCAGUGAAUUUUUAUGCAAGCCAGCCAAGUUAUUUACAGAUUUCUAAUGUUUGUUCAUUUUUGUGGUUCCCUUUCGUAACUGGGUUGUAGAAGACUAAAAUUUACGCAACUGAGUGACUUUUACUGUGUGGAUUUUAACGUUUUAAAACGCAGAAUCGAUUUUCCGUGACACGGAUUAUUGCAACGUCUCAAGCAACAGACAUUUAUGACUCUAGAAAUUUAAAACAAAAUAGUGUGAAGUAAAGAGGAAAAAAGGAAUUGAGUUGUAUUAAAAAAUUUGUAUUAUUUUAUACUUGGACAGUUUGUCGAUACUGGAAUUCCGUUUAAAGUGGUUGCGAAUUGUUAAUACGCGGACAAGUUUGAAUAUUGGAUAUAUAGAACGAUAUAGCAGACGAGAAAAAAGGCGUUAAAUAUUGAUGCAGAAAAGGCAGACGAGAUUAGAUUAAUUGAUCACACUUUUUUUCAGUAUUGAGAAAAUAUUCUAAAAGAGAACAUUAAACAUAUUAUUGCUGCGUUUCAAGAGGAUCAAAAUUUCGUAGAGAAAAGCAAAUAUAUAUAUAAAAAAUUGUUCAAACAUGGAAAACGGAUUUAAAAGACAGAAAGUUUUGCUCGCGGUGUUUUUUAUGAUUCUAUUGACUAUGCCAGUAGAAUCACUUAAUGGAAACUGCGUUCUUAAAGGAAGAAUUUAUACCGGACUAGAAUGGUAUGGGUACCUGCUUCGAAAAACUUUUCAGCAUAAUAUUUCUAGAAUACAGUACACAAUUUCGUAUCCCUUGGCAGAUUGUUGUGCCAAAAUGCUUAUAUAUUAUGACGACCAGAUGAGAGAUCUGUCUCAGGAUAUGACGUGCCAACAAAGGGAGAGAAUUCUUCCAAACGUUAGUAAUCAAGUUAUCCCCCUUAAUGCCGAUAACGGAACUCUCGGCUGCUCAGUUUGGCGCGAAACCGGAAAAGAACCUAUGGUCGUCUGCAUCGGGGAAAGAACUUUAAAAUCUAGUGCUCCGAGAACUUGGUUUGUUGCUUUGAGUAGGUGCGGGUCAACUAAUCAAAUAACUCUGAACUAUCAGUUUAAUAUAACCGGAUAUUACGGCAACUGUGAAGACGAUCCUUUAGCGAAUACAUACAUUCCCCCUAAAGAGGUAGAAGAAGUCAAUUCAAACUUGCAUAUAGCGAUUGCUUUAGGUGUAAUAGCAGGAAUAGCUGUUAUUGUGGCUGUCGUAUUCAUUGUGUUAUACAUCUUCAGCAGACAGCAAAUGAAACAAAAACCGAAAACCAGCGGAUCUGUGACGUCAUCACAAGCGACAAUGACGCAAGAUAUUUUCUACGUAAACCCAUCACUGUCCGAUAGGGAGCAUUCUGAUUCCCAGUACAGUCGAUCAAGCUCGGAAAACUAUUAUGAGGUCAUCCCGGACAGGAGAAGUUACGAAAGUAUUAACACACAAUUAGCCCUCCACGGGCAUGGGGGCCGUACUUUAAAUCUUGCUUCGAUUCCUCGAGAACAUAGAGCUAGAAUACCAUCUUACAUAUUUGAAGACAUACCACCCCCACCUUACCAGCCACCAAAUUUACAGGGUCAAGGUCAUCACCACCAUGCGCAUGCGCAUCAGCUAUCAAACUCUUCUGGACAUCAAUCUCAAGGGUCAGGAUCAGGCCAUCCUCUGCUAGGAAACUCCAGUCCUUACGCACCCGGUCUUCAACAACACAUUCCGCUGACAACGCGCUUACUUCCAAUAAGUUCCGGAAACGGCUCAAUUAGUGGACCCGUAACAAUGGCAACUACCACUCGAAUGCCAUUACAGAGUAGUUCUAAUGGACUUAUGACCAGUGGAAACUCACUACAAGGUCCAAAUCAUUCUUCAGCUGGAAACUUUCAUUCCUCUUCUGGUACUAGUGCAGGUGCGCAAGAAAAACAAAAUGGCGGAAUUACGACAUCAGCCGGAGGACUAAAUUCUCAUAGUGCUAACACUUUACCGAGGACACAAACAAAUGACGAUGCCAUUCCGUUACAAAAUGGCGGACCAAUUCAAAAUAGUGGAGCUAACCAUGGAACAAUGGGACGAUAUCCGCUCCACAACACAAAUCAUGCGAAACUGUUAAAUCAUGCAUAUAGAAUACAACAGUUUGAAACAACGGCGUAAUGAGCGCCUUAGUGACCAUGAUCAGAUCUGACUGACUGAAAGGAAUGCAAGUUAUUAAUGCAUUUAAUAUUUAAUGAGAGUGUUCAUUUAAAAUGAAUGUUUGUUGUUACGUUUGUUUAUCAUUUAAAUAUAUGUUGAAUUUCCAUGUUCACUAAUCACUAUAACAAAACCAUUAAGCUAUGAAAAUAGCAUUUCACUUAUUUACUCUACUUUUUUAACAUACCUGCUAUUUCGACAAUUGUUUUAAAAAUGGUCGCUUACAAUAUAUGAAUGGCUGAAAUCCUAUUAGGAAAUUAUUAUUUUCAUAUUUUCUCUUUAGAUAAAAGUCGUGAAAGUCGUGCAACUAAUGGUUAUGCAUAAUUGUUUUGUUAUUUUUUCGCUAUAUUAUUCAACAUGUUCAACAUUCAAGUACUAAUCGUAUGGAUAUGAGCAAAUUUUUACAUUGAAUUCAAUUUUGACUUUUUCGUAACUACUUUGUGUUUCGUUUGUACUUUUUCGGUUCACUGUUUUACUCGCACCUUUUUUCACAAUAGUUCUGUUCUACCAAGAAGUUAUUUCGUUAUGCAUGUAGCAUGAACAUUUUCAUGCAAUUUAUUUGUUAAUAUUGAUUGUAAUUUAAGUUAAGUAAUGAUAAAAUGUAAAUUGUGUCUCUUGGUAGAAUUUUUGGGUCCAUUAGAAAUACAUGUAUAUUGUUUGUUUAGAAUGUCAUGUAUAUUCCUAAUUUUCCAAGGAGACAUUAAGAUAUAACCUAUGAAAUGGUGCAAAACUUUUUUUCUGCGAUGUAAGAAAAGGAAACGCUGAGUAAUUUGGUGCGGACAGUAAACUCUUUUUCGAGGGUAUGAAUAUUUUGACAAAGUGUUAAUGUUAAGUUAUAAAUGAAUAGGAAAUGCAUUAAUGUAAUGGUUUUGAUUUUUUCCUGUAAUUUAAAUGUUGAAAGUUCAUGUGAAAUAUUGAUAUUUAUUGUUUGUACAUAUUUCAAGUAUCGUGUUUGUUAUAUAGAUGUGCUAUUGUUUUAAACAAAAGUGUAUGCCUGGCGAAACAUUCAUUUCUUUUAAACUGUUGGCGAUAAAAAUACUUGUAUAUCAUUUCGUUUAUGGAAAUGUAAAACAUUUUCAAAGAUUGUAAGCAAGCAGACACUUGUAGGAGCUGUAUGUUUUAAUUCUGAUUGAUAAAAACUGUUUGACACAAAUAUUAUUUUUCAUCUUAAUAUGAUGUCAUCAAAGACGUCAUUUCAGAGAUACAUUUUUGAGAGCUUGUAGUUUCAAUUUGAGAAACAAAAUGAGAUAUGCUUAAAAUUAAAAAUAUUUCAAGCGUUUUUUUAUUGUAUGCGUAUUUUUUCAAUGUUUAAGUUUAAUAAUUUUAUAUCUAAUUCUAAGCCCAUCUUGAUAUUCAUGUACAAUAAAUGCAUUUAUAUAUGUUAGAAAUUUAGCGCAUUUGAACUGCAUUUAUCUCAAUGUAUGAUUUUUUUUAUAGAGUCCUUCGAGUCCUUUGAUAUUUUAAACACCAACUCCUUUGUGUACUUUGAUUUCUUCGUGUGUGAAUACGAAUUUCUUCAAAAAUGUUUUUCUACCAUAGUUUUGUUAUGAAAAUGUUGUAUUUUAAUAAGAUCGUUCAAUUAAAUGUGCAAUUCUAAA